CAAAGCGCAGACGCGAAGGCGGUAAAAAAACGUAGACAUUUGAAAAAGCCGGCUGUCAGCUGCACGGUCGUCUCAUCGCUUAAUAAAAUAAAGUUAGUUUCGUGUGAAAUUAUCUUCUACUUAAUUGAAAACGUGUAAAAAUCAAAAACAGUAGUCACAAUAAUUGAAAUAUGUAACGUCGUAGCUGUUUCAUUUUUAUACAGUGAUAACCAAGGAAGAAAAAAUAUUUUAAAUCGUUGGUGUUUGAUAAUCAAUAUGACAUCCUGGAAGCUGUUUUUCCUUUGCGCCGUGCUCUUCUGCGUCGAAGGCAAACAGUUGCAUCAAAAACGGGAAACCAAAUCCCAUAUAUGCGACCCAGUUUAUAACAACACAAAUAAAAUUCAAUGCUACUGCGUUCGAGAUUCCAAUCUCGACUUGAUUCGGAGUGCCGAUUGCUAUGCAACUGUCAACGAAAUCUCAAUUGAUGAUGCCAAUUGGAAGGUUUUUGAAGAACUCGGAAAUGUCCACAAGCUAACAUUCACGAAUACACGUGGCGUUAUUUUGAAGUAUAUACCUCAACACGCAUUACAAUACACGAAAUCAGUUCUGAAACUCGAAGUUAAGUACGCGAACAUUGAUUCAAUAGAACCAUUCGAUUUUGCUAAUCUAACAUUCGUUGAAGAAAUAACACUAAGAGAUAAUCAGAUCAAAGAUUUAAAAGCUAAUGCUUUUGCGCAUCACAGGGACUUGGCAACAAUUGGCCUAGAUACAAAUAACAUAGUCGAGAUAAACAGGAAUGUAUUUGUUGACUUACCGUCUCUAGAAAAGCUAUAUUUGACGAGAAAUAAAAUUACAACAAUCCACGACAAAGCUUUCAUACAUUUGUCUAAUCUAAAAGAACUUGAAAUUGAUACCAACAAAUUAUUCAUGUUGAACAGUGAAACCUUUUUAGGAUUGAAGAAGUUGGAAAAGUUAGAUCUUAGUAGUAACAGUUUGCAAGUGAUAGGGGAUUAUACGUUUGCGCCUUUAAAGAACUUACGGGUGUUAAAUUUGGAUGGAAAUAAAAUUCAGAUGCUGGACGAGAAAGCUUUUCAUGGACUCGUUAAUUUGCAAUCUUUGUCAAUUGCUCAUAAUACACUGAAAGAAAUAAAAAAUGUUAAAUUGUUUAUUGGAUUAAAAUCCUUAAAGUCAAUGAGUUUGAAAGGCAAUCAACUACAGAAUCUUGACUCCGAUGUAAUGGCGCCGAUACUGGAGAAUUUCUACAGUAAUGUCAGCAGCCUAGAUGUCGAAGAUAACAUGCUCCCCUGCGAUUGCCGCCUGGACUGGUUCUUAUCAUUAAUGAACAUCACGAAAAGUUCGCACUUGAAGCUAUCCAUCGAAAAUCUUAAAUGUAUACCCGCCUCGGACAUCAGAGACAAAUGGACGAAGACAACGGAAGCUGACAAGAACACAGACGUAGAAGACGAUGGCCAAAAUGAUUAUGAAUACUAUGAUGAUACACAGUUAAAUGGGAAACUUUUUUACGUUGACAUGCGUUUCCUUUUAAAUUGUUCCAAAAAUUUCGACAGCCUUCUCAAACCGGACGUUGAAUCACCCAAACAAAUGACUACAGUAAAGUCAAGUACAGCACCAGUAAGUAUGGAACCAAAAGUCCCUAUAGAAAAUAAGGGCGAAGAUCAGAAAAAUGUAUACACGACCAGUCGACUGUCAACUGUUUCAGCGAAACCGAUGGCUAAUGGCUUUUAUGACGAUCGAAGUAUGGCCGCCGACGAAGCGAAGCCGGACAAAAUAAAAUCUCAUCGAAGCAUUCAGGAUUUUGAGAGCCAAGCCAGUAACUCUCAUAUGACAUCUUCGUGUGUUGCAUUAUUAGUAGGAGUGUUUAGUAUUAGAUUAUUAUACUAGAUUAACUUAAUAUAUAACCAGUGGUGUUAAUACUGAUAUCAACUCUGUAAGGAGAUUUACGAGAAUACAAUUUAAUUUUUUCUUUGAAACACCUAACGUUUAGUAGAAAGUCUAUUGAAGUGCAAUCUACAAUUUUUAUUUCCAAAGUUAUUAAACAAUCUCAUAGUGUCUCGAAAUACGGUAAACAUACGAUUAAAAGCCCUAAAUCACUUACACUUUUUUCUCUUUCCAUCAAAUUGUGUUAACGCUUCGAAACAGAUGUCUUGACUAUUUAGUUCACUAAGUGAAAACUGUUCAAUAGGCUGUUCGACCGUAUGAAAAAUAAAGUGUUAUUGAGUGUUCUGU